AUGUCGUCCACGCCCCCCCCCGCCGCCUUCUCGCUCGCCCGCCCGCUUCCAGCAAACUUCGCCCGCUCGCUACCGCAUCGCCACUGCGCACGCCGCCGCCCCGCGCUCACCAUGGUCGUCACCGCCGCUAAGCCCGCUACCAAGCCCGCGUCCCCGUGCUUUUCGUCCGGCCCGUGCAAGAAGCGCCCGGGCUACUCGUUGGUUGAAGCGCUGUCGGACGCGCCGCUCGGCCGCUCGCAUCGAAGCGCGCUGGGAAAGGAAAAGCUCGCAGAGGCUAUCCGAAGAACAAAGGAUGUGCUCCAGAUCCCCGAGGAUUACCGCGUCGCCAUCGUGCCCGGCAGCGAUACCGGCGCCUUCGAGAUGGCCAUGUGGUCCAUGCUCGGGCGCAGGCCCGUGGACUUGUGCUACUGGGAGAGUUUUGGGAAGGGUUGGCUCGUGGAUGCCAUCAAUCAUCUCAGGUUGGAAGCCGUUACGGAUUUUGCUGCCGCAGAGUAUGGGAUGCUGCCGAAUUUCAGCUCGGUCAAUAAAGACCAUGAUGUCCUCUUUACUUUUAAUGGCACUACGUCGGGCGUGCGCGUGGAGGAAGGCUUGGAAUUUAUCAAGGACGAUAGGGCGGGGCUGUCGAUUUGCGACGCCACGUCGGCCGUGUUUGCUAUGCACGUGCCGUGGGGGAAGGUCGAUGUGCUCACCUUCUCGUGGCAAAAGGUGCUCGGGGGGGAAGCUGCGCACGGCAUGUUGGUGCUAUCGCCCAGAGCCGUGGAGCGCUUGGAGAGUUACGUGCCGCCCCGCCCGUUGCCCAAGAUAUUCCGCAUGACGAGGAGAGGCAGGCUGGACGAAGGGUUGUUCGAGGGCAACGUCAUCAACACCGUAUCCAUGAUGUGCGUGGAGGACUACCUGGACGCCCUGAAGUGGUGCGAUAAGGUUGGCGGCUUGGACGGGCUCGUCAAGCGCUCCAUGGACAAUCUCGCCGUGCUGGAGGCUUUUGUGGACAAGAACGACUGGAUCGACUUCUUGGCCAAGGACCCAAAGUCCCGCUCCAACACCUCGGUCUGCUUGACUCUCGACUUGCCAAAGGACAAGGUCAAGAAAAUGGUAGAGAUGCUCGCCGCCGAGGAGGUCGCAUAUGACAUCAACUCGUAUCGCGACGCACCGCCAGGCCUCAGGAUUUGGUGCGGCGCCACCGUCGAAGCCGCCGAUUUGCAAGCACUCACACAGUGGAUCGAGUGGGCGUACAAUAUUCUCGCAGAUAAGUAAGUAUCUAGUGUCUAGGUGACAAAUGACCUCAUAUGAGGUCACUUUUCAACUUAUUUUUCUCGACUUGCGCUAGCUCAACAAGAUGGAAAAAAGAUACUCUCGACACGGCAGUUGACUUCUGCGUUGUGGAAGGGUGGAGUUUGGUGA